AUGGCCCGCGGCGACCCGCCCGCCGUGCCCGUCCGGGGCGUGCCGCAGGUCUCGUCCAAGCCACUGCGGAAGACGCGCAUCCAGCCGGCGACGCGGCGGCGGGCGUCCGGGGAGGAGCUGGACGCCGCCUCCGCCGGGCGCGCGCCGCCGCCGCCGGACCGGCGGCAGCUUUGCGAAGGCAUGCUGCGCGGGGGCUUCGUGCAGUCGUUCGUGGACUUCUUCUACCUGACGCACCGGCCGGAUCCGGAGAACGAAGGGAGGGACGUCCAGGUGCCCGCCCGGGAGGCCCAAUACCUGCGCGAGAACCUGGAGCGCGCCGAGGCGGCGCGGCGCCGCGGCGACACGGGCGCGGUGUACGCGGCCUACGCGAACGUCGCCAAGUACUACGAGAGCCGCGCGGGCGACGCCGCCACGGGCGUCUACUUCUACGAAAAGUGCCUCGAGGUGGCGCGCCUCACGGGCGACCACCGGGGCGAGAUGGCCGCGCACCACGACCUGGGCCUCGCGCGCAUGGCCGCGGGCGAGGCCGAGGCGGCGGCGCGGCACCACGAGCGCCACCUGGCCAUGGCCCGGGCACUGGACGACGCGCGCGAGGCGCGCCUGGCGUCGCGCGAGCUCGCGGGCGUCUACACGGCGCGGGCCGAGGCGCUCGAGGCCGCGGGCGCGCCCGCGGUCGACGCGCGCCGCGCCGCGCUCGCCGCCGCGCGCGACGCCGGCGACGCCGGGCGCGAGGCCGCCGCGGGCCUCGCCUUCGGCCGGGCCCAGGUCGCGUCCGGAGAGCCGGAGGCGGCCGUCGCGACGCUCGAGCAGGCCGAGGCGCUCCUCCGCAAGCUCGGGGACGUCAAGGGCGAGGGCCGCGCGGCCGCCGCGCUGGCGGCCGCGUGGCGCGACCAGGGCGACGACACCGCGGCCGCCGCGUACCUCGAGCGCUGCCUCGCGUCCGCAGCCGCGUCGAGCGACCUCGCCGCGGAGGCGCAGGCGUGCCGCGCGCUCGGCGCGCUCGAGGCGGCGGCGGGCGACGGCGACCGGGCGGUCGAGCUCCUGGAGAAGAACUUCGACAUUUCCCGGAAGCUGCUCGCCACGGGAGACGCCGACGUCUCCACCGCGGACCGCGCACGGGCCUACCUCGGCGUCGUGCGCGGCAACGUCCGGCUCGGGGCCUUGGUGGGGGCGGUCGGCGGCGACGUCGCGGCGCUGCUCGGCUGGAAGUGCGCGCGGACCCCCCUGUGAGCUCCUAAUGUUCCCUCGGUCGGCGGAUGGCCGGCAGACUGGGUCGAAGCUAGGUUGGCAUUAACCCCAGGGGUUAUUAACCCCAAUCGUGGUCCGGGGUCAGUAACCCGGGUAAUUACCCGUUAG